UGUGAAAAAAAAACAAGAUGAGUCAAGUGGUCUAGUUCUUAGUCGUGUGCCUUCUGCCGCCAAGUCAUGUACAUGGGAUACACAGCCUACAUGCUGUGGACAAGAGCAAUGCAAUCGCAAUGACAGCAGCAGUUUGCGAAAUCACAAAAAACGAUGCCCGUCCAUGACACGUAGGUUCAUCCAAGACGGGCAAUGCAAUGCAGAUGCAAAGCGCAAAGCAGAGCGUGCCAUGCAAUCUGGAGCCUGGCAUACCAAUCUGUCCUCGUACUCGUACGUUUUUGGCUCCAUGCACGCUUGAUGCCGGAUUCCAACAUUUCGGCAUCACGACGACGUCUUCUCUCCCCUUCUUCACGCCCCCUCCAUCUCCAUUCCCCCAUCUCGAGUUUGAGUCCCCUUUUUUAUUUCUCCUCAUCUUGGGAUCAUGGCCCCCACUGGCUCCAAGGCUCUAGCUCGGUUGUGUUAUGCACAGAAUACCGUCUAGGCAAUGCACACUCCCUCUUCCGGGCAAUCCUCCCACCUUGCCUCAUCCAUCGUGAUGGCCACGAUCCAUGACGGCCAGCAAGCGAACGCCUCACCUGAAAAGCGAUAAGCCCCG